AUGGCUCUCUUUGAUUUCAAGUCAGACAAGCACUUCGUUGCUUCCUCCGACAAAACUAUCCUCAAAGUCUACGCGCUGACCAACCCCACCAUCCAUCCUUCCCACAUCAGAAAGACCCACUGGAGGGAAGUCGCCACCAUCGCUCCUGCUCCUGAUCGCGAUGGUGGCGACGCCGCCCACGAAGACGAGGAGGAGGAGGAGGAGGAGGAGAAGUCUUACCGCGGGCUGAUGUUCUUUGAUGGUCACGGGAAGAUCGAGGGACAGGAGGCGUUGACCAAGCUAGCCCAACACCUCACCCGCCUGCAAUUGAGGGUGAGCCCCCAGGGGCACAGUUUUCAAGACGCUGUCGAGUUGGGAGAACACAAAGACUUUGGAAUUCACUAUCUCCGACUGAACGAUCUUUUCAACUGGCCGGAUCACGGGGUCGACAUGGCGGGCGUUAGCGUGUGGCAACGCCUCAUGCUGAAGUACACCGUACCGAAACGGGAGAAGCGGGCGGCGGCGAGCGGAGGGGUGAGCAAGGAGAAGUACGAGGAUUUGAAGAAGACGGUGAACAAGAAGGACGAGGAGUUGAGAAAGCUGAGGGCGGAGGUGGAGGAACAAGAGAAGGAGAUACAGAGGUUGAAUGAUGAGAGGGACGAUGCAACCGAACAGCAGGAGACGGAGCUACGAGAGCUGGAGAAGGAAAAAGACGAGGAGAUCGGGGAGCUGAUGAAGAGGAAAGACGACGAGUUACGAAUGCUGAAAAAGAGGAAGGACAGAGAGAUACAAACGUUGAAGGAUGAUAGUGCACAGCACGCGGAGGAGCUGCGAAAGUUGGAGCAGAAGAAGGACGAGGAGCUGAGAGUGAUGAUGAAGAGGAAAGACGACGAGUUGCAAAUCGUGCAAAAGAGGAACGACGAGGAGUCGAAGCAAAAGAACGACGAAUUGAAGACACUGAAAAGAGAAAAGGAGGAAGGAGCAAAGCUGAGCAAAGAGAAGGAUGAGGAGGUAAAAACAUUGAGGGAAGAAGUGGUGAAUUUGAGAAAGGAAAACAAAGCUGCUGCAUCUGCAACUGCUGCUGUGAAAGGGAAAAUACUGGUGAAUAGUGAUGAAUGGCACAAGUUGAAGAAUGAUAACGAAGCACUGCGAAAGUCGAUGAACGAGAAGGAUGUCGAGCCAGGAAGGCUAAGGAAAGAGAAGGAAGAACUGGUGAUGGCAAAUGCGGCCGAAACGCGCAAACUAAGGGACCAAGUGGCUCAACUUCAAGAGCAGGAGCAACGUCGCAACCAACCAUGGGCAUGGACGAUACGGUUCCUCGGCGAGUACGUAUUACGCACAAGACGGCCGGUGCCACAGGAUACUUGGCGCAGCGUCAAAAUCGAGACGCCGCCUGACUGUCAUUACGCUUAUGAUCCAAGUACCAACGAGAGCGUCUCGCCAUUUCCGAUGGCAAAUUGGUUAGUGGUGGAUGAAGAACACAACGACUGGCCGCUUCCUCCUAAGAUCGGCGUGCGCUGUGUGCCUGACCAAUUCGACAAAGAUAACUGGUGGUUCGUGAAGGCGGCCCAUCCAGAUGGCCGCUUGGCGAUGAUGGCUUAUUAUGACGGCGGCCGGAGUUCUUAUACAACCCCGAACUAUCGGUUCCCUGUCCGACUUCCCUUUCCGAGGAACUGCAAAUUUUACACAACUACACAGUUCUUCCUGAUUGGGCUGAACGGCGCCAACAAGCUUGCUUUCUCGUACCGGGACUAG